GUACGACAGCUUUAAACAGCUAGACAUUGCAUUCUUCCUUUUCAUUUCUUGUCGAGCACAAUCGUUUGUUUUUAUCACAGUCUUAGUUUCAUUCUCCAUGACUCGCGAUACAUUUGCCAUUAAGGUUGAGAAUAUUCCCGAAAAUGUCAAGUUGAAGGACGUUGAAUCCCUUUUUAGUAGCGCCGUUGGUCCUGUUCAGCGUGCGGAGAUUUAUGGUGAUGGAACGACCACGCCGUACUGCGUGCUAAAUUUUCUCACACAUGAUGCCUUUAAGCAAGACUUGAAAGCUCUGCGUCUGUCUGGUUACAACAUCGGUGGAUCCUCCAUCAUCGUGACACCCGCCACCGAUAACAAAACGUCGUCUCCAAGCACUGGCAAGAAUUCAGAUGCGCGUCGAAAUCUCUACGUCCUCGGUCUACCCUUUGAUCUCACCAAGCCUGAAUUUUGCGCUUUGUUUUCGCGUUUCGGCACUGUCAUGCACGCCGUGAUUCUUGCUACUGUCGAUAACGCAUCUCGCCGUCGCGGGUUCGUGGUAAUGGCAUCCCAUGAGGAAGCCAAACGUGCGAUGAAUGCGCUCUCACGAACACAAAUGAAAGGACACACCCUUGAUGUAUCUUGGGCCGUCGUACAACGUUCUCAAGGCUUCUUAGAUGGCGCAGACAGAACGAUGAUGCUGGCAUCCUCGAACCCUUCGUCACUCCCGGAAAUGGAAUUCGAUCACCAAUCCGCACCUUCGACCAUCAGUUCACCUCAAUACGCCAGCAAACAAUGGAAUAUCUCAUUGGCACCUUCCUCGAAGCUGCUGGUAUCGAACUUGCCGACCCUUCUCUUUGCUCAGGCCAGUGACUUGCAUCCUCUGUUUUAUCCUUUCGGUCCCAUUAAGGAGGUGAAGCUCAUGGAUUCUGCUACGCUCGGCAAUGGAACUACGAGCGCUCUAGUCGAAUACGUGAAUAUCUUCAAUGCUCAGGAAGCCAAGGACGCACUUCAACGACAAUUCUAUGGGACUUCACGCCUGGAUGUCCGAUUCAUCCAAGACAAUAUCCAUCCGGUUGACUCUGCUUCUGCUGCGUAUGCCCAGUCUCCCAUGCUGCCGAAAACAUCUGAUGCCGGACUUAAUCCCUGUGCUGCUCCUUUUGUCUUUGGAUCUCGCCACUCAUCACCCUUGGCCUCCGGUCUUAGCUGCAUUGCGCACGAUUCGUUUGUCAAUGACUUCUGCUCCCCACUCGGUCUUUCCAGCGAUACCUUUCAAGUUGCCUCGUUUGCGCCCCACCCUAUAACAUAUCAUCUCAGGACCCGUGCUGCCGAAACGAUUUCCAGAUCCAGCUCAGCAACGAGUUCGAGGUAGAACUGUCGUCUUUAAAUAGAUAAAGCUAAUCCCUUCGACGCAGCUGGAGUAACGAUAUUCGCCCAUACAGGCCUUCUCGUGCACCGUUCUCUUCUUUCACACGCGCGAACACACCCGCACAGUUCACACCAUUCUUCUAUGCUUGAUCGAUCCACUUCCCCUGUGGAAUGGACUCUAUAUCGCUUAUUCGUGCUCUUCGUAAUUCUAAUGCUUCGCUACCUUCAAAAAUGGACUCGUUGGACCUCUAGGCAAAUACAUGGCAUCCGUGCAUUAGUCUUUAUGCUAUAGAUUCUUGUUUUAAGUAUGUCAUUCAUGUGUUUUGGC